AUGUAUCCCUUUGAAAGAUUCAUGGGUGAUUCAAAGCGAUCAGUGAAAAAUAAAGCUAAAGUUGAAGGAUCAAUAUGUGCACAUUAUUUGCAUCGGGAAACAUCACAUUUUUGCAGUCAUUAUUUCAAUCAUUUGAUGUUAACUCCAAGAAUCAUAAGGAAUGAAUUUGAUGUUAACAAAAGAAGUCAGUUUACCUUGCCAAUCUUCGGUCUUCCCGGUCGCCCCUCUGGAAAGGAGAAUGUGCAUUGGCUGACCCAAAAAGAAUUGCAAUCUGCACACGUUCAUGUUCUUAUUAACUGUAUUGAAGUUAGGCCAUAUCUUGAGGCAUUUAACGCCUCCUAUUUUCAAAGCACCGGUGAACAAGCAACUAUCGGUCAAAUACAUGCAUCUUUUCCAGCAUGGUUCAGGGAUCAAUUGUCAUGCAUUGUUGCACCGACUCAAGAAAUACUUCAUUUGCGUAACUUAUCUAGAGGGCCUGUUCAAAGAGCAAUUGAAUGGCACACAUACUUUGUGAACGACUAUAAAUUUCACACCCAGAAGUGGACUGAAGGGAAAAAAACCAUAAAUAUUGGUGUAUUUGCUAAAGGAGUUACAAAUGGUGGUGAAGACGACUUCUAUGGCGUUGUUACACAUAUUUACGAGUUGGCAUACAAUUACUUGGACUCGGAAAAUAGAGUUGUCUUGUUUUAUUGUGAUUGGUAUGAUCCAUCUUCCAGGGGCACAAAAAUAGAUAAGAAAUAUAACAUUGUUGAUAUUCGAAUGGACAGAAGGUACAAAGAGUAUGACCCUUUCAUAAUGUCACAUAUCGUUAAACAAGUUUAUUAUGUUCCGUACCCUUCAAUUUAG